CCUAUUCAUUCCUUCGUUUGCUCAUUCGCCAGAAGAAGAAGAUCAGCCUUCACUGAUUUUAUGGCUAGCGGAGUGAUACAGAUACCGUAGCAGUGGUGCGGCAGUAGUGCGGCGGUCGAGGAUUCCCGCGAAUUUUUGACAGCUUGCUAGCAGGCGACCGUUCGUCUGCUGCUUGCCACGUUUCUCCUCUUCUCCCUCCCACAAAUACAGACAAGCGGUUCUGAGAUUUUGUAAUGCUACAAGUCUUUUGAUCAAGGCUAGACUCCGUUGAUUUCUCACUGAACUCUUGAGAAGGGUAACGUUAUAUAAACGUUACUAGAAAGAAGGAUAGUCACCGCUCAUCAUGGUUGCCAAGAUGUCGUCUGCUACAGCUCGGUUCUUUGCCACGAUUAUUCUGUUUCCGGUAGUUCUGCUACAUUUCAGAAGAUGCCAUGCUGCAUGGAGGUACUCCUGGACCAGUUCCCUGACUCCGACUGAAGGCUUCACCACCAGGAAUCCUAUCAUGGUGGAACAUCUUGAGACUGUGUCUGAUCUCCAGUGGAAGGUAGAACCAGCUUGCCAUGUCACACCAAAAGGGUCACAGGGUGCUUCCAUCCGGUGUAGCAGCCCGGGAAGGUACGCUGUCUAUCCUGAUGUGGCUGGGGCAGGUGCUACAGAUGACAACACACUCCAUAUGCAGGUGUUGGACAGUCCCAGCUGCUACAGGUGGUACUUGACACCUGUUAACAGGACGGCAGCUGUACCUGACUCCAGUGGUGAAACGUGGCUGCUCCAUGUGUGGGUUGUAGAUGACAGACAUGCCAGCCUGAGGGAGCUGAACAACACGGCACAGGAGCCUUCUGAGUAUUCAGCCCAGUUGACUGAGCUGUCCUGGAGAAAGAAACAGCACCCUGAGGUCAGACAGCUGCACAGCUCGCAUGUACAGCAUGUGCUGUCCAAGGGGACAGCAUACAACAGAAAUAGCAGCCUGUGGGAGAUAGUUGUGGAGGUGGACAGCUCCGUGGAGCAGGCUCUGAUGGUCUCAGGACGGGCUGUGCUGCUGGAUAACUGUUUUGUAGGAGUCACACAAGUGCUUUUGCACCAACCACAGUUCACUGACAUCACCAUGCCAAGCUCUGUGUCCUUGAAAGGAAGUGUUGCUGCACCAGUCCUUGUACAGAGCCCAGUCUCCUCAAGUGUUGCUCUCCUCAUAACCAGCACAGAGGUUCUUUUUACACAAGACAGUUUCCUGACAACAGAAAAGUUAAUCAUUCCUGAUGAUGUUCUUCAGUCUUGUAAUGGUGAGGUCCAGGGAGCUGCCUUCACAGCGAGUCACCUGUAUGUGAUAGUCUGCAGCAGUCUGUGUCGGAUGGCACAGAAUGGGACAUGGGAACGGGUCACGGUGCAAGGUGUGUCAGGAGGAAUUGUAGGAGUAAAGGCAAGAGAAAGGCACAGUAGGCUAGGCAGAGCACAGAUGGACGAUGAAUGCCUUGCAGUGUGGACCACCUCACAGCUCUUCCUGAAGUCAUCCAGUAACAGUAGCAUGGAGCUGACAUCUUUACCAACUGCACAGCUGGGAGCUGGCGGCUAUAACAAUAACUCUGUGCCCAUCUUGGAUGUAUCCUUCCCCUCGGAUCCAGAGGAACUUGGUGUCUUGGUACAGGUCCUUACAGCUGAGGGUGAGAGUAAGGUCCUGACCUUACUGUAUGACCUGUCCACAACAGUUUGGAGCCUUCCUGAGUCCACAAGGGAACAUAGCUCAGCAGGCAACUUUUCCCUGCUGUACCUGGCUAGUGCCAUGCCCGAGGCCUUAGUGUGGGACUCCAUUUAUGUUACUUACUUCUUCAGCAAUGGCUCAGGAACCCUACAAGUGUUGGAGGGCAACAUGACCUCUGACCUGGUGGAUGCAGCUAUUGAGUCUAUCCAGGAAAUAACAGCAGGCCCAAAUGGAGACUUCGUGAUACAUCUGACAUCCAACAAACUGUACUAUGGCAGAGUUGACAUGGAAAAUGUUGUUGAGCUCUCCCCUGGUGAGCUGCCUGAAGCUGAGUUUGUGCUGUUCUUUGAUACGCUGGGCAGAUUACACAGGGUGAAUUAUGAUAGCACUGCGAGUUCAGCCACCGCAAGGCUAUUUCCUCUCCAAGCUGAGGUAUACAGCAGCAUGUACCCCACCACUUCCUGCCCUUUCUAUAGAUUUUCCCAUGAGAUGGAUGUUGAUGGUUACUAUAUAGAUGUGGGGGAAGAAUUGCAGAUAUGGGCCUCGCUAUUGUACCCAAAUGGCUCACAGAACAGCGUUGAAGUGCUAGUGAGAGAUGGGCACCUACUGCAACAGAACUUCAGCUCUGAGAUACAUCCCUCCAGUCUCUACACAUCAGAGAACAUGACCAUGUACUUCUCCAGCAAUGUGACUUUUGAUAUGCUGCAGGCUGAAAAGACUGGAAGCGGCUCUAAGACCACAGGUGUUGUGACAGUUGAAGUCAGGCCAAAACAGACAUCCUAUGCCUGCCGGGGACCUGUUAAUAUGGUGACAUCAAUUUUUGUGGGAUGUCCUCCUGAUCGUCACAUAAGGGUUAGAAGACCCUCUGGAUCAGAAGAGUGCAGUUCUUACCAGAACUACAUCUACACCUUGUCACCAAAUAUGUAUGAUCCAACAUACAGAGGGGAAGGUUGCCAGGGCUGUACAGAGAAUUCAACGGAGGUGACCUAUGACCUGGACAACCUAGGUUGCCCAAUCGAUGUGUUCUACUCUGACCGCUUCCGGCCAACUGUAGACCUUUAUGACGGAGACCAGUUUGUACGGGAGGUGACGGAGGACUACUUUGUGUGGGAGGCUCACGGCAGGACAGGAUAUGGCUACAACGCAACCAUGCAGCAGGCUGGCUGUGUCUGUGAGGCUCAGACGUUAGCUGGGAUGCUGACCGCUGGAAAUGUGAGCAGUCCUGGUGAGGCAUGGAGCCCUCAGAAUUACCAGCCCUGCUCCACACCAUGUGACCCCCCAGGCAGUUUGUCGGGGCAGCUUGAGGUGCUGAGCAGCUCGGGCGUGUCCGCCCUCACGUUUGGGUCCAGCAAAGGCAUCUUCGUGUUUCACCUGAAGGUGCUGGACCCAGAGUGCAGUUACUGCAUCUUACAGACCCAGUUUGCAGUCCGAGUGUACGGCUCACCCAGUGAGUCACUGGAGUUGUACGUGUAUCUCGCGGUGCUAGCCUUCAUAGUGGGCACGGUGAUCAUUCUCAUCUUGACCUAUUAUAUGUACUACAAGCUGAUGGCUAAGGAGCAUGAAAAGGUCCUUCAGGAAUGGACCAGUAAAGAAGACGAGGAGGACCAAGAUGGCAAGGAGGAUGGAGAGGAAAUGGAGAAGGAGGAGGAGAAAGAAGAAAUGUAACAUGUGAAAGUUUGGUGGGUGUUCUCUGUUCAUUGUCAGUUUUAAUCCUCACCAGCCUAUACUAGCUUUGUAUACCCGUCCUAUUUUAGCUCCAGUUUUGCUCCUGUGCUUGCUUCUCUUGUGCUUGCAGAGUAGUCUGGUCCCUUUCCUAUUGAAAAUUUUGGUUCUCGCAUCCUGCACCAUUUCUAGAAUCAAAACCUUCUUAGAAGUUGGAUAAAGGGGACAAACGUCCAAAUAGCAGACUAGACUGAUUGUUGGGGGAAAUGUGCCUUGCUAUAUUUAAGAACCUGUCCUGCUAAUUCAUUUAUAAUGCGUAGGUCGCAUGAUUAAAUUCCAGCCUUGAUUUUAAUUAAUUAGAGCAUUUACCAUAAAUGCGGGACACAGGGUUGCUUCAAGUGUUUGCCUAAUCAAUGACACUUCGGAGAGUUUAUAACAAGAGCACUGUCUUUGUUUGACCCCCCAACUUAGUUGGAGGUAAUUUGAAUGGGGAAGUUGAAACUGCAGAAACUUGCUAAACUUAGGUUGAUUGCACUGGGAAAUAGCAACUAAUCAAGCAUAGCUGCAACAUGUUGCUGUUUUAGAUUCUGUGUUUAGAGUUGGAACUAAAAGUUCCAUGUUGAAGGAUGUAUGCACUUGAUUGUGAUAGCAAUGAAUCUUACAAAAAGUUGUUUGUUCAAUCUGUUCUCACAUUCUGUUCCCAUGUAGAUAUGACAUACAGUACAGAUGAAGUAACAUUGCUGUUACAGCAAACAUGAAAUAAAGUACAUGUACAUUGCAUGAAAUAAGAUCUUUAAUAUACAUAAAUACAACUGGUUUACAUUACAUAACAUUCAUUUUAGUGUUAUAUUUACAGAGAUAUGUUGGCAUAUACAUUAAGGAUCUCUGAUUUGCUAUUAUCAUAAACGUUGUAAGACAGGCCUGGUGAAUAUCUCAUCAGUGAAAUGUGAACAACUGCAAGUACAUAUUUGUUGUCUUUUAAUUGAAAGACAUAUUCAUUCAAAUAUAUGAGUGCACCACAUUUAUAAUUACACCAUUCCAAACCAAGGUUAGCAUUGCACAGUAGUUUGCAUGUUAUAAGUCUAUGUUAAUUAUACUGAAUAUCUUUGCAAGAAGUAUCUUGACCUAAUUACAAGGAAAGUAUAACAGGCAGUUCUCAUUUACACACAGGCAACAAAUAGGAUAAGUUACUGGUUACACCAGACCAGUGGCAAGUGGUCAAGUCGUUUCUCCAUGUUUCCCUGGCAAGGGGAGAUUUAAGAAAAGAAA